UAGGCUGCUAUUAAUAAUAGGAAAACGUGGGGAAGAGCACCAAAGCUCGCGGGAAGGUCUCAUGCGCUGAUCAAGAUCCAUGUCGACCAUGCUGAUAAGACGCAAAACUAAACCUAGCUAGAUACCAAAGGCAAUCCUAGGUUUGAUUUGAUUUGAUUUGAUGGACAAGUAUAGUUACCAGGUACUAUGAGUGAUGUAGCUCAGAUUCUCGGAGGUACCAAGAACACAACAACGAAGGAUGCGAGUGAUCCCAUCAAGCCUCCUCCACGGCCCAAGGGCCAUCAUCCUUCUCGAGCCAGCAAGAUGAGUAUGAUGGCCAACAGCAGUAGCAGCACGUUGGAUCUUGUGGUGGGCCAAGAUCCAGCAUCGGCCGCAUUGCCACCCAUUGUUCCUACAACGACCACAGCUGAUGCCCUGGUCAAAGUGGGCAACAAAUGGAUCCAUACGCAGAAACCAGCCCGCAAAUGGAUUUGGGCCAAUUUUGCCUCGUCGGCUCGCAACGAUGGAUUACUCCUGAAUCACUGGGUGAGAGCGGGAGUCGAGUAUCCCGAUUACCCCUACGCCAAGUUUGACAUUCAUUUGGAGCCAGUUUCCUACACGGACGAAGAAUACUUUAGCAUUCUCAAACACGAGAAUUGGACCAAAGCCGAGACGGAUCAAUUGAUGGAACUCUGUCGCAUAUUUGAGCUGCGAUGGCCUGUCAUUUACGAUCGCUGGUUUGACAAGUAUCAUUACCGAGUUGAUGAUGUUGAGGAGGAAAAUAAAACCAAUAACAAUCCACAAAAAGAACAAGACAAGAAGGAAAAUUUUGCCAUGGUCUCACGAAAAAUUGAAGACUUGCAACAUCGCUAUUACAGUGUGGCGGCCAUUCUCAUGCAGCAUCGCAUUGCCCAAGAAGCCGCCGCCGAAGUCAAUGCCCUAGAAGGAUCUACUCCCGAUCCAACAGCAGCCGAUCCCAAAGCCGCUGCGGAUCAAUUGCUCCGAGACACGGCCGUGGCACGAACCGUCGCCGCGGGAGAUCCCCAACAUCAACCAUUGAUUCAAAAUAUUGGAACCGGUGCCAGCAACAAAGUAUUUGACUUGACAUAUGAACGAGAACGACGAGCCCAUUUGGAAAAAUUGUGGCAUCGGACCAAAGAAGAGGAAGAGGAAGAAGCCAAUCUACGAAAGGAACUACGGCUGGUCGAAACACAAUUGCGAAAACUCAAAAAAACGGGUGGCCACAUAAUUGCCGCACAAGAUUCCAACAACAAUAAUAAUAACAGCAGCAACAAUAAACAUGCGGCCAAAACUUCCGGCAACAAUACGGCACCCACAUCGGCAGCAUCGUCGCGGAAUGCUUCUCGGGCAGCGUCACCUGCCGAAGCUUCCGCCGAAGUCUUGCCAGAAGUGAAUUCCAAUGCGGAACUGUUGGAUCAAGCAUUUGCCUCCACGGCUCCCGUACCGACUCCGGGGACUCCCUACUUGCAAUCGGGACGGCUGGCACCUCCGGCCAUUGGUGGGGCCAUGGGAUUGAACAAGACACUCUUGGCUCGCAUGGAUGGCGUCCUGGCCGAACUCAAGGUACCACAGCGGCCCUUGCCCACCAAGCGAGUCUGUGAUCUUUACGACUCGGUGAGAAAGGACAUUUUGACGCUGCUGACACUGCAAAAGAUGCUGUUGCAAAAGGAAGGACACCUGCAAACCAAGCGAGUCAAAUAUAGUAAAAUGGGAGGAACCAUUCGUGUUGCGGACGAAGACACGGCAUUGGGCAUUCCAAAACCAAAACCGGCGCCUCCGGCUCCCGCUCCGACAACACCCGCUGCGCCUACCGUAGCCACGGGAACCGCUUCGUCCAAGCAAAAGACCACCAAAGCGGGCGGAAAGGGAAAGGCUGCCACCAAGACGGGUUCGGCAAAAGCGGCCAAGGCUGCCACGGCAUCUACAGACCCCGCCAGCAAAGCUGCACAGGCAGCAGGCAAGUCCACCGACAGUAAAAACAAGGGUGCCGACAUCAAGGGAGGCGCCAAACCUGCAGCGACUGCCGUCAAGGCGGGAGCAGCAGCCAAGGCAACCGUGGCUAGCAAACAAGCUCCAGGGGGGAAGCAAGCACCAGGUGGCAAACAGGCUGCAGGGACCAAACAGGCACGAAAACCCUCUACCAAACGAAAGCGCAAGUCAGAAGCCAAGUCGCCAUCGGCUGCUUCGGCAGCAGCGGCCGCCGCUGCGGUGGCAGCGGGGGCUCUUCACCAGCCAACGAACAUGAUCGCACCAGCAUCCCUCAAAGCACCACCCGUGCCGGCUGCCCCCGCCGCUUCCUUGCCGCCUCCCGUAGCACCAUCACCAGUAAUGCCACAUCAGAGCAAACCCGACACAGCAGCGGAAGCUAAGAGCGGCAAGAAACGGGCACGUAAAUCCUAGCUUCUCAAGUUUGUUGCAAUUUUGCAAAUUCAAGUUUUAGUUUACACAAGUUGGAUACUUG